AUGAUAACAGCGCCAGGACCCAGUGGAGGGCUCCGUUUCCUCCCUGCUCACGCCUCUCCCACCGUCCCCUGCGUGACUCCCCCUCAACCCACCUUUUUGCCCAAGAUUUCUGUUCGACGCAAAAUCUCAUCUCCUGUCCUUCAGUCCGAAAAAAGCGGUGACUUUUUUGGUCCACCUUCACCAUUGACUUCUGGUGUGCCACGCUUCACAAACUUAGCAGAUUAUAUGGAUGAGCUGGCAUCCGCUGCUCCCCAAAACUACGCUCCUAUCGGACAAAAUGCCUCAACCAAAUCUCACUUAUUAGGCCGCUAUGAGACUUCACCAUCUUCCUUCCGCUGCCUUCCCGCGCCGUCGAAAACGACACCCACCCUCCCUGCUACCGAUCAAACAAGUAAUCGCCUUUUCACCGUCUCCAUUUGGACCAUUAUUACGGUGUCAGCUUGUGUGGGGCAUCACGAGUUCUUCAUCUCACCGAACCUUUAUCUAAGAAUUAUGCAGAAUCUUUCAACUAUUCCUUCACAUUCCCAAUUUACCUCCACUCCACCGACGGAUGAUGCACCCCCACCACCACAUAAAAUCAAACGGAAAACGCUUGUGCCGCGUAUUCAUUGCCUGGAUCCUGAACCAACUUCGUCAACGUUUUGUUCUUCGGCCACGUCAACGUCCUUUCGAAAAUCAUUAAAUUCAUGGCGCCGUCGACGAUCUACCAGACGCGACGUUGAUCUACACUUGGCUAAACAUGGGGAUGAUAUACCUACCGCCGAAGCUAGUCGCUUGUCUCGCUGUCGGCUCCUGGAGAAUUUCGCCCAUGAUGAGGUAUAUCUUUCAAUUGACUCAGAAUCUUUAGCCUUUUUGGCAUGCUCUCAAACUUCGGCCAGUUCUUGUUUGCGAUGUGCUAAAUCCCACCUUCCUGCGAAGUCAAGUCCUUAA